AUGUUACCGUAUCAUGGCGCCUUUUGGAAUCUUGUUGUGGUUACUGACUCAGUGUCUUCAAUUGAAGAGAUUGGAACAACAAAAGAUCUUCAUGGCAACUUUUUUUUUUCUAUCUUCUCUUCUGCUUGCUUGUCUUGCAGUCUUUUUAAGGAGGACGAGAAGGAAACAAAAAAAAAGAAAAGAGUUUUGAUGAACAAACGUGAAUUGUCUGAAGAAUUAUUGUUCAUCAUAAAACGAUUCAACUUCCACGAAUGUUUUAUUACUCUACAUUUUCAAGAAUACCCUCAAUCGAUUGUAGCUGAAUGUCCAUUAAUUUAUAUGCUUAAAGUGCCACUGAAUUUGUUGCUUCAUUGCUUCAAUAAUAAUGAAGAGCUUGUUAUAGAGAAUGAAGACAUUUUGACUGAUUGA